AUGGUCAACGUGCCCAUAUCAAAAGCGCUCAAUGUUUUCGGAAGAAAAGCCGACGAGUUGCGACAAUCAUAUGACAGCACUCUUCAUCAGAUCAACUCGCUGCGAAACAACUUUCCAGAGUUGCCUGCACUUGGCAGUGUCACUUGUCCGAUUCUGCAAGCAAUCCAAGAUAGAAUUCCAUCUGGAAUUGCUAUUUUCGGUCAAACUUACCAGGCGAAAUGCUCUGUCGUGAACGAACUAUUCAAAGAAACUAUUGUAUCGCAAGAAACAACAGAAAUCACCGAGGGCCGCAUGAUUCGCAUCAAGUAUGGAUUCGAGAAUUAUGCGACAGUUGGAGACAGUGGAAGUUACGUCAACUUGGAAUUCUUUCCAAACUCUGUUGAGUCAGCUUACUCGGAAGAUUCAAACGGCUCGUCAAAAAGUGGGCUUGCCAAAAAAGAGCUCAUCCUUUUGCCGGAAAAAGAGGGUCAACUGUCUAAAAUAGAAGAGUCUGCGAUUGAAGUCAGCUUAAAUCAUAUUCUGCUGAAAGAUGGUUCAACAGUCAUGGUUUCUCCGAGUGGCGGCAGCUUUGGAAUCGACGAAAUCGUCGACUCCGCCAUGGAUGUUUGUCUCCCCUUCGUUAUUUAUGCAAUCGAGCGAGCGAGCUUUACGCAUAGAGAGCUCGAAGAUCUAAAAUACCUUCAAAAGAGACUUCCUCACUCAGCUGUCCUCUUCGUGCGCUCUGCAAAAAAUGAAGAGGAGUCUGAGCUAGCAGAUCAACUCGAAAAUAUUGGUUACCUCAAUCCAAAGGGAUUCACAACUAAGAGCUGGCUAAAUCGCGCCAGUCGUUGUCAAUUUUUGCCUUCAUUCACUGACUUUCAUGUGGAAUUGGAGCCUAAUAUUAGACGCCAAGCUCGCGCAUAUCUGAUCCAGGCUUCUACUCACUUGAUCAGUCUGCUAGAAUCAUGUAUGUCGAAGUUACUGAACAGAUGCAUGGACAUGUCCAGGGACUUAACGAUGACGCCAAAGCGUCUCAACUACGCAGAAGAGCAAGAACAGAAAAUAUUCGAUCUCUACCGCUCCGUAACAUUAGAAAAUGUAAAUGAUGCCAUUGUGAAGUCAAUAGCAAUGGUUCUUGAAGAAGUGGAGCUCGGAAAACAUGAAAUAUUGCUCAAUAACUGGAAGAAGGGAGCUAGGAUGUCGAAUCGCGAACUUGAUGAGCGUAUUAAUACUGUCGACCAGUAUGUUUUGAACCAAAUUUCUUCAAAAAGCAGUUCGAUCAUUUGUAAUUUGGAAAAUAUUGGUGAUAAAGGACCACUAAAACGCUCGCUUGAACUACUAGAAUCGAAGGUUGAAUACAAGCAAAGUGAAAGUCGACCGUCUGUAAGAUUGACAGAAUUGCUCAACGCGCCUAAUGGACAUACACUUGCUAUUGAUGACGGGCUUCCAACCUCUGCCGUCAUCACUCGCCGCUUCAAACGUGUAUUUCAGCCGAAAACGCACGCUGACGCCGACAAUUCCGCGACAAGUUGGGCACAAACGCAUGUAGCAAAUUUGAUGGCAUUGCUUUGCCCACGGAAGCUCGGGACUGCUCUCCUCCGCCAAAUAAAAAACCGUCUUUACGAAGCUCACGAGAACUUUAUUACCUCAAUGGUGCUUUUGGAUCAAAAACAUCAAAACCGUUUGAACAAGGUUGAAAACACAAAAUUACGAUUGCGCAGACACGUGUGCCCACGCCUAGGUCGCCUUAUGCUCGAGAACUCUUCCUUCCGCGACUUAAUUAUGUAUGGAAUGCCAAAAAUUGGCCGUGAAAUCGGUAGAGGUCAAUAUGGAAUUGUUGCUCAGUCCGAUCACUGGGGGCAUAGGAUUGGAGUCGCCGUCAAAUCUGUCAUUCCGGACGGUGAUCGGCAGUGGGGAGAUCUCUCGCUUGAGUUCUAUUACACGAAAUGGUGGCUAGAGCCUCAUCCUCACAUAGUGAAGCUGUACGGUUCUCUUAUUGACUAUGACUCCUAUGGGCCCGAAGAAAACUCCCAGCCAGCCGUACUCUUAAUAAUGGAGAGGCUUCGACGAGACCUCUACACGGCAAUCAAGCAAGGCAUUUCUUAUUGCGACAGGUUGCAAGUUGCCCUUGAUGUUGUGAAUGGACUUCGCUACUUGCAUUCCCGUGGGCUCGUCCACCGCGACAUUAAACUGAAAAAUGUUUUGCUGGAUGGGAACAAUCGCGCGAAAAUUUCUGACUUGGGAUUUUGUAAACCAGGCGCGAUGCUUUCAGGCUCGGUAGUUGGAACACCUAUUCACAUGCCUCCUGAGCUAUUCAAGGGCGCUUAUGAUGCCUCAAUUGAUGUCUACGCUCUCGGCAUAAUGCUCUGGUACAUCUGCUCUGGAUCGACAAGAUUGCCUCAGAACUUUGAGCGCUGCUCGAGUAAAGAAGCCCUCUGGAACGCCGUUCGAAGAGGUGCACGCCCUGAACAUUUGACGAAAUUCGACCCGCGAAUGUGGACUCUGAUGCAGGAAUGCUGGAAAAUGGAGCCCGACGAACGUCUAAAAUUGGGAGAGAUCGAAAGCGAGCUCAGUUCUAUCUUGGAGAUUGAACGCAAAAAAGUCUCGAAAAACAAAAGUGUUAAACUACAAAAGUCAGUUGGACCUGGCGAACUCGUUGUUUCUUCAACCCCGCGAUCCCAGAAUGGCUAA